AUGGCCCGUCGGUUUGAGCCGCGCUCAAAACAUGCGCCCAUGGAAUACACGUAUGAAAAACCAGAAAUGGAGCGUAUAGCUCCUUGGAGCCCUUUCAAGGAAGCGUUGGAACGAUCAAGAGGGCAAUCGCAGCAACCUAAUGCCACACCUUCCACUUCCCCCGAGGCACUCCAUGCACCCACAUCACCUCACAGUCCUUUUCAGUCUGGUACUGGGGGAGACUCGAUGUCUUUAUUUACCUUUGUUUCGACACGUAAAGAGGAUCCCUUUUCAUGGACGCCUCCAGCGAACUUCUCCCCUCAGAAAGCGUUCCCUGCGAGCCCAUUGCUUCAAUCCAGUACCGCUGAUGUCAGCAUGAGUACCGCUGGGUCAGAAACUCCAGACGCAUCGCCAACCUUGGCACGUCGAGUUAGGAAGGACAAUUUCCUGAAUGGUGCCCAUUCGAGCCCUUUUGCAUCAAGGAGCCAAACCAGUCCUCUACGCCGCUCAGCCAUACGAGCACGAGAACGUGACCGAAGCAGGGAACGUGAACGGCAGCACGACCGCCGCCGGGGGUUAACGAAAGCCAAGAAAAUAGGGAACGAGACAAGUAGCGACGAUGAGCAACAGGAUGCGUGGAAAGGCAAACAAUAUCAUUUGCAUUUCCCUGGACCGAGCCUCUUACAUGGAGAUGUGCCCUAUGUUCUCUCAAGGAAAGUACUGGAUGUUGUGCGUAUCAACGUAGGAUCGCUACGUUCCUUUAUGGUGUGGUCGUGGCUAUCCUUACAAUUCAUCGUGAUGUCGAAGAACGAAUCGCGGAGUAUUCAGCCAGCAAAUAUUCUCCGCGAAAUGGCGCACUGUUCAAAACAGUAUUUGGAUAACCGAUGUGAGCCAUCACAGCGAGUACCUCACAUGGAGGAGACUUGCAGGGCAUGGGAGGAAUGUAUGCAUCGUGACCCGAGCGCUGUUGGUCGUGCUAGAAUUUUUGCGGAGACUGCUGCACAAGUCGUGAAUGGUUUCGUGGAAGAAAUCAGUUGGAAGACACUUGUAAGUGCUAAGGACAAUGCAACCUUGGCUCUUUUCAAUGCAAUCUCCCCCUUGAAGGCAUUUACACUCGUAUCGCUGGGCUUCCUGAUCUUGUUCGCGAACAGUCUCCUCAGCCUGUAUCGUUCCCACCAUCCUCUUGGAACAUCUACAGCAAGUUCGCGACAAAGUCAUCCAUACAUUGCCCCUUCAUAUCAGCCAGGAAUACUUCCCCCUGUUCAGACACAAGACUCAUGGCCACGGGCAGCGUCCCCUGUAUGCCAUGCCAUCCCUGCCCUUUCCGCUGCCCCUCCAUCACCCUCGAAAUCUCGAAGUCGAGGCGGGAGAGUGAAUAAUCGUGUUAAUGUUAAUCUCCAUCCUCUCCCAUUGUAUACAUUCCCGGGUGCGAAAUUGUUCGGUUAA